AUGGUACGACAGUGGGAGUGUUCUCCUGCUGUCGUAGGCCCUGGACUCGGCUUUGGAUACGGUCUCGCUGGCCCUGCUGGUAUUGCUGGUCCUGCUUAUGGAGGUGCAGGAAUCGGUGACGUUGCGGUCGCUGGCGAGAUGGGCGUCACUGGUGCCACUCUGCUAGCUGGUCAGGUGCCAAUUCUUGGCGCUGUCAGAUUCGGUGGUGAAGUCCCAGCCGGCGGUGUUGUUUCCAUUGCGGGCAGUUGCGGCGGAAACUGCGGUUGCAACGGUCCCUACCUGUACUGA